GUGAUGGAUGCCUAUUAUUUUUGCGCCGUGGCGCUUCUUAGGCGUGUGCAUUUAUAUAUACGCAUCAAGUCUGGCCGCCUUUGCUCAGAGCAACACACAGAGAUUGAGAGAGAGAGGGAGAGAGGAUGGGAGAAGGAGAGAUGAUAAAGGAGUUAGAGAUGGGAGGGAAACGGAGGUCAGCACAAGACGUCGGAGGACUCGGAGAGGAGGACCUCGACGAUGAUGGCAGGCCAAAGAGAACCGGAACGGUAUGGACGGCAAGUGCGCAUAUCAUCACGGCAGUCAUAGGCUCAGGUGUCCUAUCGUUGGCAUGGGCCACGGCUCAGCUUGGGUGGAUUGCUGGUCCUGCAACUUUACUGAUCUUCUCCUUCAUCACCUUCUACACCUCCAGCCUCCUGGCAGAUUGCUACAGGACUUCCAAUCCCGUCUCUGGGAAGAGAAACUACACCUACAUAGAGGCGGUGAAAUCCAACUUGGGUGGAGCACAGCUUUGGCUCUGCGGACUCUGUCAGUACGUCAACCUAUUUGGAGUUGCCAUUGGCUACAUUAUCACCGCAUCCAUAAGUGCCGCGGCGGUGCAGAAGUCCAACUGUUUUCACAAGAAGGGGCACCAGGCUGAUUGCAGUGUCUCAGACAGUCUCUACAUGGUCGCAUUUGGGAUUGUCCAAAUUUUCCUCUCCCAGCUGCCCAACUUUCAUAAGUUAUGGUGGCUAUCCAUAGUUGCUGCAGUCAUGUCUCUGGCUUACUCCUUCAUAGCUGUUGGUCUCUCAACAGCCAGUAUAAUCUCAGGUAGCACUGGAAGGACAUCCAUAACAGGAACAGAAGUUGGGGUAGAUGUCAGUUCAUCGCAGAAGGUCUGGAAGGUAUUCCAGGCACUUGGAGAUAUUGCAUUUGCCUACUCAUAUUCCAUAAUCCUUAUAGAAAUCCAGGAUACCCUGAGAAGCCCCCCGGCGGAGAACAAAGUGAUGAAAAAGGCGAGUUUCAUUGGCGUCUCCACAACAACAAUUUUCUACGUACUGUGCGGCUGCCUUGGAUAUUCUGCAUUUGGAAACCGUGCUCCGGGGAACAUGCUCACGGGGUUUGGAUUUUACGAUCCCUUCUGGCUUAUUGACCUCGCCAAUGUUUGCAUCGUAGUGCAUUUAGUUGGUGCAUAUCAGGUAUUCAGCCAGCCGAUAUACGCGGCAGUUGAAAAAUGGAUUGCCAAAAGGUGCCCGAACAACAAAAUGUUGGCUUACGAGCAUCCUGUGACAAUUAAUGGACGAUUUGGAUGCAGCGUCAAUAUGUUUCGACUGAUUUGGAGAACAAGUUUUGUCGUGAUAAGCACCCUUCUAGCAAUCCUGAUGCCCUUCUUCAAUGAUGUGCUUGCAUUCCUUGGAGCUGUUGGAUUCUGGCCUCUUACAGUAUAUUUCCCUAUCACGAUGUACAUUUCGCAGAAGAAGAUUGCAAGGUUCACACCCAAGUGGAUGCUCUUGCAGAGCAUAAGCUUCCUCUGCUUUGUUGUCUCGCUAGCUGCAGCUUGUGGUUCCAUUGAAGGGGUAAUCGAAUCACUCCAGCACUAUACACCCUUUCACACUAGAUCGUAAGGUGUUGCACAAAUAAAAGCUCCGCAAUAUUUGUGAGCAGAACUUUGCAAGCAGCCAUGGCCGUGCGCUUCAUGGCAGCAGUUGUAUGUUCAAUUUUCUCUUGUUAUAUGGUUUCAAUAGCAGACUAGUCAUUAACCCUGCAAUGUGCUUCUUGUUCGUAAUAAUCAUCAAGGGCCUUCAAGCUUUUGAUCUGA